CUAUUCUUGGAGAAGACUCUACUGUAUUCUGCUGUUCAGCUUACCUAGAAACAGAAAGAUGGCAGGGAUCCUCACAAAGAGCAAAGCCAAAGGUGUAGAUUUCUGUGGUGUAAAUGACAUUUAUUAUAUUGUUCGCUCUGAUCUUCGCUGCUACAUGCGCUCAACAAAUUUUCAUGAAGGCAGCAACCUCACAGUUUACAGCUUGCAUCCUGCUUGUCAGGGGGGAGACCACUAUCUUGCCUUUGACGACAGCACAUUUUACAUCAUCAAAGGCAAUAGUUAUCGCCGUGUGUCUGAUAUGAGCAGAGAUAGUGAUGCUGUAGUGUAUAAUCUCCACCCGAACUGUCAAGGGGGUGACCACUAUCUGUCUGCUUAUGGAAUGUUCUAUAUAAUCUUUAAGAGUAGAGGUGUGUAUCACAAAACUUCUAAUAUGAAUAUGGAUAGUGAUGCAGUUGAAUACCCACUGCAUCCCAACUGCAAGGAUGGCCUAUACUACUGGGGAACAAAAAGCUACACCUACUUUCUCAAGUCAAAAGACCAGUGGGGGAUCCAAUACCACAGAACUGAUGAUCUUAGCAAAGAUACGUCUGAAGGAACAUUUUCGAUUCACCCAGAUGUACUCAGCUUUCUUCCUGGAGGACUGGCCGAAACACAGGGCCCAGCAUUUGGAAAAUGGGAGCUCAUUAAAACAAUUUCCAAUGAUUCCGAAACUCCUGUAACCUGGGAAAAGAAGAUAACUCGGAAAGUGGGCUAUACCAAAUCCAAGUCAUCAAGUAUAGAGCACAACUGGAAAAUCUCAAUGGGUAUGACAUAUCAGUCAGGGGCUCUGACGGAAGCGAUCGCCAAAUACCAGUUCUCUCUGUCAGCAGAAUAUGGAGGAAAAAGUGUCAACACAGAAAAUGAGAACUGGGAGGAGGCAACUGAGGUGGCAGAAAGUGUGAGCCUGACUCUGCAGCCCCACAAAAAAAUGUACUUUUGGCAGUACAAGCUCGGCUUCGGCAAGGAAGAUGUCCUUUUCUGCCGUGACAUGAGAUUUGAUGACGAUCCUAAUCCUCCUAAUGACAUUCCUCUUCCAGCUGCUAACAACUAGUUAGCUAACAUGUUGCGAAAGGUUUUUAAUGGUUAGACAUAACAUAUUUUAGAUAGAGGAUAAGGUUUAAUUCAACAGCAAAUAUUGUUUACUAGUAAAACCACUUUGGCAAUUGACAUUUUUUUUAAUUUAGCAACGUAGGACAGUACAGAUAAAAACAUAAUGAUGUUAGCAUAACCAGAAUUACCCUAACCUAUAUAAUGAAAUGUAUAGUUUUCUAAAAACAUCCUAUCCUGUAUAUUUUCAUAUAUGU